AUGACGCGAAAGUUCCUAGUUGGCGGCAACUGGAAGAUGAAUGGUGAUAAGGCAAGUGUCGAUAAUAUCAUUAAAUUUUUGAACGAAGGUGCUGUAGUACCGAAUGUCGAUGUUGUGGUAGCUCCACCUGCUCCAUAUCUAUCCUAUGUUAAAGAUAAACUCAACAGUGCUAUUGAAGUCUCUGCGCAAAACUGCUAUAAGGUUGCGAAAGGUGCUUUCACGGGAGAAAUUUCUGCAGCGAUGCUAAAAGAUUUGGGAUUGCAUUGGGUGAUUUUAGGACACUCCGAGCGGCGUCAUAUUUUUAAUGAAUCUGACGAUUUGAUCGCAGAUAAAGUUGUGCAUGCCACUGAAAAUGGCUUAGAAGUGAUCUUUUGUUGUGGUGAGAAGUUAGAUGAACGAGAAGCUGGGAAAACCAAAGAUGUAAAUUUCCGACAACUGCAAGCAGUAAUUGAUAAGAAAGCAGAUUGGAAAAAAAUUGUGAUAGCUUAUGAACCAGUAUGGGCUAUUGGUACUGGAAAAACAGCUUCGCCAGACCAAGCUCAAGAAGUACAUGGUUGGAUUCGAGAAUUUCUUAAAGAAAAGGUUUCUGCAGAUGUCGCUGAUAAAACCCGUAUUCUUUACGGAGGAUCCGUAACCGCUGAAAAUGCUGCUGACUUGGCUAAAAAGCCAGAUAUUGACGGUUUCCUGGUUGGUGGUGCAUCUAUUUAUGUAAACGAACCGGCAACUAGCGGCAAGAUAUGUAUGACAACAACUGUUGGCGAUAUUGAUAUUGAACUAUGGUGCAAAGAAUGCCCUCUUGCAUGUCGGAAUUUUAUUCAGCUAUGCAUGGAGGGUUAUUAUAAUGAUACCAUAUUUCAUCGGGUGAUUCAAGACUUUAUUGUACAAGGUGGUGAUCCGUUGGGUACUGGCGAAGGUGGUGAGAGUGUAUAUGGCACUUCAUUCAAAAAUGAAUUUCAUCAACGAUUAAAAUUCAAUCGUCGUGGUCUUCUUGGAAUGGCGAGUGGGAAUGAUGGUAUGAAUGGCUCUCAGUUUUUUUUCACUCUUACUGCUACACCGGAUCUCACGAAAAAACAUACUCUUUUUGGAAAAAUUACUGGUGACACAUUAUUCAAUAUGUUGCGUUUAGCGGAGUGUGAAACAUAUAAGGAUGACAGACCACAAUCAGUUCAAAAAAUAAUACGAACACAGGUUUUAAGUAAUCCAUUUACUGACAUAGUCCCAAGAGAAGCGAAAAAAGAGAAGGAAAACAAAAUCCGAGGGAAGAAGGACGUUAAAAAAAACUUAGCACUUCUUUCGUUUGGUGAUGAAGCAGAGGAAGAUGAAGUUGAGCUGCAGAAAGUCAAUGAGAUUUUGAAUUGCAAAAGUAAAAGUGCUCAUGAUGUAUUAGCGGAUGAAACUCUCAGUAAAGAAUUAGUUGUACCCACAGAAGAAUUGGUCGAUCCAGCAUUUGCAUCUUUCAUAGAAGAUCCGGAAGAACGAGAAGGUCGGAUGGAACGGAUUAAAGAAAAAUUAAAAAGUCGUAAACGAAAAGCCAGUCAAAAUGCUGAAGAAGAGAUAGACGAGGAUGAAAACUUUGAAGAAAUGAUUAAGAAAGAGAUGAGUGAUCGUCAAAAGCUGGAACUUGAAAAAAUCGCAGCUGAGGUGAAUUCAAUUCGUAGAGAUCUGAAAACAAUGCUUAAACCAAAAAGAGAACGAAGAGAGACAAAAGUUGAAAAAGUAGUUACGGAAGCAACAAAGAAGCACCUUCAAAUGAAGCAAAAGUUUAAGGACGAUGCGAAAGUAAAAUUAAAGUCGAAAGAUCCACUUCGACAAGAUGAAACAAUAGCGAUGCUCAAAAAAAUUUUGGCGAAACAUGAAAGUAUGAAACGACUAACUACGAUCAAGUCAGCAGAUCCCAAAGUAGGAGGGAAAACAAGUGAGCAGGUUGGAAAGCUUAAUUUCGACAAUGAAGAAGAUCUGGAUACAGCUGAGAUUAUAGUACAUAAAUUUGUGGCACCCGAAGAUAACGAACAGAUGAGUAAAGCAAAAGAUGCCAAUUUACGAGAAGAAAGUGAAGACUGGUAUGAUAUUACUGACCCACGGAACAAGAUGAAUCAGCGAAGGAGAGCAGCACAGUAG